AUGGCGGCGCGGGGGCUCCCCGCCGCGCCGCCCGCCGCCGCGGGCUGGCGGAACCUCACCUGCCCGGCCUGCCGCCUGCUCUUCGGGGCGCUCGGGCUGGCGCUGCAGCUGGAGCCCAACGUGGCGCGCGUGGGGCGCGUGGCGGUGCGCGUGUGCCAGGAGCUGCGGCUGGCGCGCCCCGAGAUCUGCCGGCAGGCCGUGCAGCUCUUUCAGCAGGACGUGGUGUCGGCGUGGGCCCGCUCCGUGCUGCGCCCCGGCGAGGCCUGCGGGCUGCUGCUGGGCCGCGGCUGCGGCCGCUGGGACAUCUACGCCGACUGGAAUGUCACGCUGCCCGCCGCCCCCAAGCCGCCCGUGCGCCCGCCCGUGCCCCCGCCGCCCGGCGCCCCCACCGCCCGCCUCCUCUUCCUCACCGACCUCCACUGGGACCGGCACUACGUGCCGGGCAGUGAGCCUGCCUGCCGCGACCCGCUGUGCUGCCGCGGUGCCGCACGCACGGCCCCCGGCGGCGCUGGCUACUGGGGCGAGUACAGCAAGUGCGACCUGCCGCUGCACACCAUUGAGGCGCUGCUGGCGCAGCUGCGCGGCACCACGCCGCCCUUCGACGCCGUGUACUGGACCGGAGACAUCCCGGCGCACGACGUCUGGCAGCAGCGCCGCGAGGACCAGCUGCUGGCGCUGCGCACUGUCACGGGGCUGCUGCGCAAGCACUUGGGCAGCCUGCCCGUGUACCCCGCCGUGGGCAACCAUGAGGCCACCCCUGUCAAUGCCUUCCCCCCGCCCUACGUCCACGGGAACCAGUCCUCGGCCUGGCUCUACGACGCCAUGGCCGAGGCCUGGCAGGACUGGCUGCCCCCCACAGCGCUGGAGACCCUCAGAACUGCCGGUUUCUACACGCUGCAGGUCUGGCCCGGCCUGCGCCUCGUCUCCCUCAACAUGAACUUCUGCUCCCAGGCCAACUUCUGGCUCCUCAUUAACUCCACCGACCCCGCAGGGCAGUUGCAGUGGCUCGUGGGCAUCCUGGAGGCUGCCGAGCAGCGAGGGGAGAAGGUGCACAUUAUUGGGCACAUCCCCCCGGCCCACUGUCUCCGGAGCUGGAGCUGGAAUUACUACCGCAUCAUCAACAGGUUUGAGGGCACCGUCGCAGCUCAGUUCUUCGGACACACGCACGUAGAUGAGUUUGAGAUGUUCUACGAUGAGGAGACCCUGACGCGCCCUGUCUCUGUGGCUUUUGUGGCCCCCAGUGUCACAACCUAUAUCAACCUCAACCCCGGCUAUCGCGUCUAUGAGCUGGAUGGCGCCUACCCUGGCAGCUCCCAUGCUGUGCUGGACCACGAGACCUUUAUCCUAAACCUCACGGAGGCAAACAUGCCAGGGGCAAAGCCGCACUGGCAGCGCCUCUACCGUGCCCGCGAGGCUUAUGGGAUGCCCAGUGCCUUCCCUGUUGACUGGGACCAGCUCAUCCGCCGCUUCCAGGAUGACGAGAGCCUCUUCCAGCGCUUCUGGUACCUCUUCCACAAGGGCCACCCACCCCGCGAGCCCUGCCACGAGGCCUGCAAAGCUGCACUGCUUUGCUCUCUGCGCACGGGGCGCUCCGUCGACCCCAACCUCUGCCACGUCCUGCGCCCAAGCCUACCCUUUGCCCAGAUCCAGGAGCUGUGGAGGCAACGGCAGCUGUGCUGAGGGCAGGGCACUCCCAGGACAUGCGCAGCGCCUGGGCUCAGCACCCCCAGGACAUGCCCAGUCCCUGGGCUUGGUGCCCCUGGGAUGUGCACAGCCCACAGCUGGGCGGGAACAAGGGCCAACGGAGUGGAUGGCUGCCCCAAGGCAGCACCCAGCUCCCCUCGCUGCUCUGUGGGGUGGGGGUGCUGGUGGCCAAUGCCCACAUUAGCUCUCCAGGACGCUAGAGGCCGAGGCAGGUCCCCACGCGAUCACGGAUGCUGCCUACCGCAGCCCAGAGGUGGCUGCGUAAUAAAAGGUGUGAUGGACAGAG